UAUAUACAAAACUAUAGAAAUAUAUAGAAGCUAGCAAACUAAAAAUGAAAGCUACAUACUUGCUGGUUGCAUUCUUGGCUCUGGCCUCUUUUGCUUCUGCCUUUGAUCCCAGGCCUCUCCAAGACUUUUGUGUUGCUGUCCCCGAUGACAGCAGCAGCAAAGACGCUGAUCCUGGGAAUGCUGAUAACAAACUUGGGUCAAAAGCAACUCCAGUCACAGUUAACCAAAUGCCAGGACUCAAUACAUUGGGUAUAUCACUUGCUCGCGUAGAUUUUGGACCUAAGGGUUUAAUUCCUCCUCACACUCACCCUCGAGCCACUGAGAUAUUGACAGUUAUUGAAGGAACUCUCUUAGUUGGAUUUGUGACUUCCAAUAAUCAGAACAACACCAACCGUCUUUUUACCAAAGUGCUCAACAAGGGUGAUGUGUUUGUGUUCCCACUUGGCCUCAUUCACUUCCAAGUUAACAUCGGUAAUGGCAACGCUCUCGCUAUUGCUGCUCUUAACAGUCAAAAUCCAGGUGUUAUCACAAUUGCAAAUGCUGUGUUUGGAUCUACUCCACCUAUUUCUCCCGAAAUCUUGGCUAAAGCUUUCCAAGUGGACUACAAAGUAAUCAACUAUCUCCGAAAGCAGUUUUCGUAUGAUAACAACUAGUUUGACCACAGAGAGCACUCAUCAUUGAAUAAUUUUACUUGUACUUUGAUUUAGUGUAUGUUAUGCAUAUGCCUCAUGCAGUUCCCAGUAAUAAUAAAACGCAUGAGGGUUAUAAUUCA